GGGCAAACAAGGAAGGGCGUGUGGCUUCAAUGUCUGCCACUGUACAGGUUAGGUGCCACUGAGCAUGCUCCGUAGUAUCUGAUGUUAAAAACUUGACGGGUAGCAGAGAAAGGGGCUCCACUAGGCCGGUUUGGUUUUCGUCGCUGGGGUUCCAGGAUUCCUGCACGCAAUGGGGAAAAGGGAUAACCGGGUGGCAUACAUGAAUCCUAUAGCAAUGGCUAGAUCACGAGGUCCUGCUCCGUCUUCAGGACCUACAAUACAAGAUUACUUGAACAGACCAAGGCCAACAUGGGAAGAAGUAAAAGAACAACUAGAAAAGAAGAAGAAAGGUUCCAAGGCCUUAGCAGAAUUUGAAGAAAGAAUGAAUGAGAACUGGAAAAAAGAACUGGAAAAACAUAGAGAGAAAUUGUUAAGUGGAAAUGAGAGCACUUCAAGGAAGAAAGAGAAGAAGAAAAAAGAGAAGAAGAAAUCCAGUAGGUUAUCUCCAUCUUCCUCUUCCUCAUCAAGCUCUGAUUCUUCCAGCAGUUCAUCUGAUAUUGAAGAUGAGGAUAAGAAACAAGGAAAAAAGAGAAAGAAAAAAAAAUAUCACACCUUACAGAAGUCAUCUGAAAGCUCUAGUUCAGACUCUGAUUCAGAUAGCAAGGAUAGUUUAAGAACUAAACGGACAAAGGAAGAUUAUGAAAGAGACAAGGAUUCAAAAAGUCUUGUUAGGAAAAGAAUAAAAGCAGACCAUACGGAAGAAUUAUUGCCAUCAGACUCUUCACUAGAAUCGACUGAAACAGAGGAGGUACAAGCAAAAAAGAAGAAAAACAGUGAAGAAAAAGAGAAAAAUGAUAAAACAAAAAAGCGAAAGAAACACAAGAAGCAUAGCAAAAAGAAGAAAAAGAAAACAGCAAGCUCAAGCUCUCAUCCAAAAUACUUAAGUCAGGUUUUUCUUUCAUCGAAAGUGCAGUGAGACUAUAGAUACCAUAGAGAAUUGCAAAUUGUGAAAAUUAUGAUAAAAUCUGCCAACUGCAUGAGCUCUCCUAUGUGUUAACAAAUCUAGACAUUCAGCUUGCCCAGUACCAUUGGGCUGGAAAUAGCCAUUGUUGUUGCCUGAUGCUUAAUAUACAUAUAGUACCCUUCUCUAGAACUCCAGUAGCUAAUAGGACAUUUUGGAAAGAAGCCCUUCCCAUGGUUUACAUGAUUGAGCAGUAGAGUAAAACUGGAUGGAUGCCAGAAAGUUUUGCCUACUUUAUUCAGGGAUAUGUGCAUGUGAUCUGAUAUGCAGAUGUCAAUCAGCUUCAUUGUUGUAAUGAAUGAGGCAACUCCCCGUGGACUAAGAUGCAUCAGGAGGCCUGUAUCUAUAAACCAAAGUUGAAUUUGGGUGUUUUAUUUUAACAGCCUAGUAGUGAAACUUAAUUUUUUAUUAUAAAGACAUUUGCAAAAUUCUUCUACAGAAUCGAAUUUAGCAACUCCUGUGACAUUUUAUUUUUACUGAUACCAUUUUUGGAAUAGGAACGUAGCAUUAAUAUAUACAAAUGUUACUUUUUUUAGAUAUGUGUAAUAUAAUUUUAUUCUUGUGUUUUUGGGUUGAAGUUGUUAAUUAGAACACAUAGUUUGAUUUGACAGAUGAAUCAGUUUUGCUAAUAUUGUUUCAGUACUUCCCAUUAUAUAAACUGCAGUUUUUUUCUUUAAGAAUUUAAGGGGAAAUCCACUAUGAAUUUUCCGAGCAUGCCCCAUUAAAGUAAAUGGAAGUGUGGAAGACUGACUAGGCCAAUAAUUGUAACUGAGCUGAUUAUGAUAGGCUGUUUUUGUUUACUUUAUGUUAAUAAACUUUCAUCUUUCAUGUAAUUCUAAUGAUGAAACAUAUGCUUGGCUGAUGAAUGAAAUGAAAAGUGGACGUUCUUGCUCCUUUGGGCAUGUUCACUUCUAAUGUUGGUAUUAGGUACAGAGAAUAGUGUCUAUACUAUAGGAACAAGUGAAGAUGAAGACUGACAAUUCAGUUAGCCUCAUUUUAACUUCAGAUAUAAGACACUAUUCUUUUUACAUAAGUAACAAAGGGGGAAAAAUCUUAAUAUUCCCCUCUAACUUUUUCCCCACUUUUAUAUAUUCUGCUGGAAUAGAUAGAAGUAUCAAUCAAAUAUAGCACAGCUGACUACUCUUUGUAAGGAUUUUAUUACAACUGAAUUAAAACAAUGCUGGGCCUGAGAUAGUAUGCCUCACCAUUAUCUAGUGACAUUGAUUUUAACUAUAGUUUUCUGGGGUUUUUUUUUAAACUGUUGUUCUUAACAUACUUAGAAUUAUUCUGCAUGAUUUUGUAUCAUUGUUAUAACUAAUUAAGGAAUACAAUUAUAAUCAGUGUUUUAAUUAUUAACUGUCAGAAAUAAUAAUUUUAAAUUAUUAACUAUGUUUCACAAGCAACAUCAUGUCAUCCUUAUCUUAAUGUACAGCUGCUGAAAAUAUUUAGCAUGUAAAAAGCUGAACGGUGUUAUCAGACAGCUUCAUAUUGAAACUGUUUUUAUUCUAUAUAAGUUCAGUGGUAGAUUUAUUUUAUAAUUAUGUCCAAACUGCCAGGCAUUUCGUAAAGACAAUGUUUUAAAAGUUCUUCUGGUCCGGAUUAUAUGUGUAUCAUUUUAGCUUCUUUAGCAAUAAAGUGUGUACUUUAAUAAAUACCUCUACAUGUGAGACCAUAAAGAAGCUGUGAUAUUCACAGUGAGUAUGUACAAUUACCAUUUUAUGUAAAGAGGCAUUAAAAUUACUGGGUAAUACUUGCUUUUUCAGCCUCUUACUAAAUAAAUGUUUAAGGAGAAAAGGAAGGGAAAAAUCAUAGGUUGGUGGAAUGAUUUAUAUUGUUACUGCUUUGAAAGUUUGUUGUCAACAUUUGUUCAAAUUAUGGCAACAGAUAUUAUGUGAAGACUGUACAGGGUUGAUGAACGGUACUUAUUCCAGUCUUUGCGCAUGCCUAAAAAGGAAGGAAAAACCCUAGAUUGGGAUGAAUUUUUCAGCAUUCAAGCAGAAUGAGCCCAGUAGUGCAUACAAAGUCUUGAAAGAAUAGGGUAGUGUAUUUUUAUAGGAUAAUACCUUU